AUAUACACUGUGGGGAUUAUAAUACAAAACUCUUAGUCUCCCACACUGGGUUUCGAUCCCACGACCUCUUGCAUGCACCUGCUGUCUCCCGAUCUACGAGCAAAGUAAGCCCAAAGUAAGCCCAAAAGUAAGCCCACUCCAGCCAAUCGCAGCGCGCCCUCUGCCGGCGCUCGGCCAAUCACCUGCCCCCGCUGGUGGGCUUACAUUUGACCAAUCGCCUUCCAGCACCCGGAUCCCUCAUGAGCGCUCGGAGGAAGACGCUCCGCAGUCAUCUUUACGUUGACAACUGUCUGGACUACUUUGACGAAUGGUAAGUUUAAAAUAUAUAUGAAUAUUCUCUCUCUGUUUAUUACAAAUACCGAGCAUGCUGCAAAGACGGCAGAUUGAUACGAACUCUUUCUGUUAACGUCUCGGUUUUAGCCGUUGUGUCUGUCGCUAGCUUGUACAGCGACCGUCAAGCUUUUUUCAUACAGUAAUAAUAAUAUUUUACAUGAAUGUGAUCAAGUUUGCAUUUUGAUCACACUUGAUCGCGCUGUUCUGCUGCUGUUAUAACCCGCUGCUGUAAUAAUGCGCGCUUCGCGGAGGUUGUGCGCGCCGGUCGCCCCACUUAAAACCGGCCCGUUUAGCGCUAUUCAGAUUAGUUAUGACUUUCAUACAGUAAUAAUAAUAUUUUACAUGAAUGUGAUCACGUUUGCAUCUUGAUCACACUUGAUCGCGCUGUGCUGCUGCUGUAAUAAUGCGCGCUUCGCGGAGGUUGUGCGCGCCGGCCGCCCCGCUUUAGCGCUAUUCAGAUUACAGUUAUGAUCAUCACUUUAUGAAUGAUCAUAAGUGCGGACUUCUUUGAUUUUUGUCUACCUCCCUCCCGCCAAGAAAAUAAAUUGAAAUUACACCUGGUAUUAUAGCAACAACAUUAUACGAACAAGUAACACGAUUAUAUUAACAAGUGUUGAUUCAUUUUUGAUAGAAUUAUUAUUAAUAUAUCCUAAUUUUAUUUUACUUAAUUCCCGCCUAAAAUAGCGCGGUUUUAAAAACAAAUGGAAAUUACACUUGAUAUAAUAUUGUUACUACAACACCAACAAGUCUUAUUUUUGUCUUUAAUACAUUUAUUGCAAAAAAGUUUAUUAUAAAAUAUAUAUUUUUUUAAAUUCCCGCCUAAAACAAUGCGCUUUAUUUGCAGUAUAGUACAAUUUUUGAUACCUGGUGAUGCUUUAUAGCAUCAGUAAAUGGUAAAUAAAUGCUGCUGCUCAUUUGUAAGUUCUUUAAAUGCUGAUUGUAAAAAUUGACAUAAAAAUCCAGAGUAAUGAUCGUGCAAUAUUUCAAAUGAUAUUUCUACCAGUCACAUUGUGCUUAUGCUGCUCUCCUUUUAGAUCAUGUAUGCGUAUCCUGUGUUCCAUAAAACUCCUCAGGGUCGACUCCUGAUGGGGCCGACUGAGGAGGCAAAUAGGAGUACGGUGGUGGUGGCCGGGAGGGCCCGGCGUAAGGAGGAGGUUCUGGCCGAGGCAACUGCCUUUGUGAGGCAGAACGGAGGGGAUCCUGGUGACCAAUUCCUGGUUCUGGCUCAUUGUAAGAUCCAGUUUGGAAAACACCAGAACCAGAGGUUCCGCUGGCUGCUGGAGAACUCCCUGGGUUACGCGGUGUACCUGGUCAGCAGCAUCAUGGGGGAGGAGGAGAGGGACAACCCGCUGUCGGCCAGCAAACACCUGUUUCUCAGGUACACCUGCCAGAUCAGGGAGAUAGGGGAGGCUGUGGAGGUGUAUUGGAAGAAACAGGCGUUGCUCCAGGAGGCCCAGAGGAGCGGUGACUCUGGGUGUUUGAUGGUGGAGUUUGGCGACUUCAAGGGCAGGUCCAUGAAGGAGGUGUAUGAGGACCCAGGCAAGGAGGCCCAGGCUCUCGUCACCUACCUGAAGACAGCAAAGGCCAGGCCCAACACCAACAUGGCCCUUUUCAAGGACUAUGUGCUGAAGAGGCAGGCUUCAGCUGUAGCCCACCUGCCCACUGUGACCGCUCCUUCCUCCUCCUCCUCCGCUGCUGCUCCACCUGCUGCUGCUCGACCUGCUGCCACUCAGAGCAGGCCCCUGACGGCUGCCGGCGUUAACGCUCUGCUGGCACGUGGGAAGCAUUUGUCUCCCUCACAGUUGGCACGAAAAAUUGUUUCUCCAGCCAAACCCUCUCCAGUGCCACGUGUCCCCUCUCCAUCUACAUCCGCUGCCCGCAGACAGCUCUUUAACUGUGACGCUGUUGGUGCUGCUGGGGAUUUUUUUAAGGAGCAAGACGACCAGGAGAUGGUGACUGUGGCCUCGCAAGCUGAGGAAAAACUACCUCAAGCCUCAAGAGGCCCUGCUCCUCCUGCUCCUGCUCUUGCUCCUCCAGCGCUGUGGACUCCUGGCCCCGUGUUCCAGCCCCCUGCAGAGCUUCCUGGACACUGGAAGGAGCAUCUUCCAUCUUUCCAGCAGGACUGGAUCCGGAAGGCUUUAUUCAGGGCUAACCCUAAAACAGGGAAGCCAGAGCUGGUGCCACAGCUCACCUUCUGGUGGUACCCUCCCCAGCCUCCGACCACCUUCACCCAACCUCAUGCCUCUCCUGAUCUCUUCUUCUGCCGCCCUUUGUUUCUCUGGAUGCCUCUGAAGAUGUGGUCCAUUCCACUCAUCUGUGUCCAGCCAGCUUGCAAUAGUCACAGGCUGACUGCAGCUGGCCUGUACAGCACUGUGCGCAAGGUGCUGGACAUAGAUGGGUGGUAUGAUAUGGCCACAGAGUAUCUAGAGUGCAAAGGGUGUAAGAAGAAGUAUCCGGCCUGGUCAGAGGACAUCCUGGGACAGCUGGACAUGGGACACCGCAGGAAAUUCCCCGCCCUUCUGACAUACAGGUACUCAUGCGACUACAGAGUGGUCAUCCUGAUGCGGGAGAGAACACAGGGCAACAGCGUCACGCAGCUUCACAAGAAGCUGCAAGAGGAGCACAGCGCAGCAUGGACCCCGGCGCACGCUGGAGUACUUUGCUGCCUGUGA